UCAGUUGGGGUUUAACAGCCACUCGGGACGGUAGCGCGCGCCGCUCAAACUUGUUGCGAGACCAAUUUUCCGAAAAUCCCAAAUUCUCUACGGUGCAUUGGCCAGUUCACCCAAAAACACCCACACACACACACACACAGACUGUCUCACUUUCGUUUCGCGAUUGAUUGCCAGCUCUCCGGAGACCAAGAACCAAAAUAAUAGAAAAGGGAACCCAAUACCAAUACGACGCCGCAAACCGAUCGAGUUAUAAAUACAAUACGCAAAUAAAAAACUAAACAAACAGUAAAACGCCUAGCAAAGAGCCUUCAAAACGGCAGCCACAAUUUCCAGCGCAGGAUUAGGAGGAGACGUAGCCGCGUACGCUGAUCUCCACCAGCACUCGCAUUCGCACCAUCCGAAUCCGCAUCCACAUCCGCAUCCCCAUCCGUUCGCCACCGACGGCUUCAAGCUGCGUUCCGAAGAGCCGGUGCCGGGCUUCAGCUCGGCCUCCCCCUGGCCCACCCUGGAGCUGGGCAUGGAGUGGGGCCGGAAGCUGUACCCCAGUGCCGUUUCCGGUCCGCGAUCCGCCGGCGGCCUGAUGUUCGGCCUGCCGCCCACCGCCGCUGUGGACAUGAACCAGCCGCGCGGUCCGAUGACCUCGCUGAAGGAGGAGCCGCUGGGCAGCCGGUGGGCCAUGCAGCCAGUCGUUGACCAGAGCAAUUUGGGCAUUGGCCGCGCCCACUUUGAAAAGCAGCCGCCCAGCAAUUUGCGCAAGUCGAACUUCUUUCACUUCGUGAUCGCCUUAUAUGAUCGGGCUGGACAACCGAUCGAAAUCGAGCGGACGGCUUUCAUUGGAUUCAUCGAGAAGGACUCGGAAUCGGAUGCCACCAAGACGAACAAUGGCAUCCAGUACCGGCUGCAGUUACUCUACGCAAAUGGAGCUCGCCAGGAGCAGGACAUUUUCGUGCGUCUCAUCGAUUCGGUGACCAAGCAGGCCAUCAUAUAUGAGGGUCAGGACAAGAAUCCCGAGAUGUGUCGAGUGCUCCUAACGCACGAGGUGAUGUGCAGCCGCUGCUGUGAUAAGAAGAGCUGUGGUAACCGCAACGAGACGCCAUCGGAUCCCGUCAUUAUUGAUCGCUUCUUCCUGAAAUUCUUCUUGAAAUGCAAUCAAAACUGUCUGAAAAACGCUGGCAAUCCGCGGGAUAUGCGCCGAUUUCAGGUGGUAAUUUCUACGCAGGUGGCCGUGGAUGGACCACUAUUGGCCAUCUCCGACAACAUGUUCGUGCAUAACAAUUCGAAGCACGGACGGAGGGCCAAGCGGCUGGACACCACGGAAGGUACAGGCAACACAUCCCUGUCCAUUUCCGGUCACCCCCUAGCGCCCGACAGUACCUACGAUGGUCUCUACCCACCGCUGCCAGUGGCCACGCCCUGCAUCAAGGCGAUCUCGCCCAGCGAAGGCUGGACAACCGGUGGCGCCACCGUGAUCAUAGUGGGCGACAACUUCUUCGAUGGCCUGCAGGUUGUGUUCGGCACCAUGCUGGUCUGGAGCGAGCUAAUUACCUCGCAUGCGAUCCGGGUGCAGACCCCGCCAAGGCACAUCCCCGGCGUGGUGGAGGUGACGCUAUCCUAUAAGAGCAAACAGUUCUGCAAGGGAUCACCCGGUCGCUUCGUCUAUGUCUCAGCUCUCAACGAACCCACAAUCGACUACGGUUUCCAGCGCCUGCAGAAGCUCAUUCCCCGGCAUCCCGGCGAUCCCGAGAAGCUCCAGAAAGAGAUAAUCCUCAAGAGGGCUGCCGAUCUGGUCGAGGCGCUGUACUCCAUGCCCAGAUCUCCGGGCGGCUCGACGGGCUUCAAUUCCUAUGCCGGUCAACUGGCGGUCAGUGUCCAGGAUGGCUCCGGCCAGUGGACCGAGGACGAUUACCAACGGGCGCAGUCGAGCAGCGUGAGUCCACGUGGUGGCUACUGCAGCAGCGCCUCCACGCCGCACAGCUCGGGAGGAUCCUACGGUGCCACGGCGGCCAGUGCAGCGGUGGCAGCCACGGCCAAUGGCUAUGCACCUGCACCCAACAUGGGCACACUCUCCUCGUCGCCCGGCAGCGUCUUCAAUUCCACGUCAAUGUCCGCCGUGUCGUCGACGUGGCACCAGGCGUUCGUGCAGCACCACCACGCGGCAACGGCCCACCCGCACCACCACUACCCACAUCCACAUCAGCCGUGGCACAAUCCGGCCGUGUCAGCAGCCACGGCGGCGGCCGUUUAAGCAUUUCCCGGACUCCCAACGCCAGCCAGAUGGAGCUGAACGGAGGAUGAGGAUGAGGACAGGAUGAGCCGGACUUUUGGGGCCGAGUAACGACAUUUUGUUGAAAUUAAAUGCCACACGCCCAAUGCCAAACACCCAACCACCCACAAAGACCAAACACCAGACACCAUCUAUCAAUCCGAAACUGCAAGGACGCCCACAAUUGGCCAAUGGAUGGGUGGGUGUGAAUGGUGGGUGUGUGGAUGGGGCUGCUGAAGCAAAUCUGAGCAUUCAAAACACUUCUCCAACAUCAACAAAACACCACAGACAACACACGAUUAACGGGGUCAGCAGCCUGAGCUUCAAUCCCUUCGCCCUGCCCACCUGCAAUACACAGGGCUAUAGCACCCAACUGGUGACGUCAACCAAAUAAUAUUACUACUAAAUGAGGCUAUUGGCAGGCCCCAAAUCCAAUCCAAUACACCCCCUCCAUCCCACAGGAGUCGCAGAUACCACGCCAAUCACAAGAAGCUCGAAAGUGCAAUAAACAAAAGAAAAUGGUUCCAAAAUUCAAAAAUCUAUUAAUAUAGUUGUACAUUUUUUGAUUGAAUGCCGUUUUUAAUUUAAUUUGACUAAUUUAAUUAAUUUGAUUUGGUAAUAGAUUUAUAGACAUACGCAUAGAAUACCAUAUCAAAGUAAUGGAAAACAUAUGAUGAAGGGAAGGCAUAUCAUGCAAGAACCCAAAAGUUAAGAACGGGCAGAACUAAUUCUAAAAUAGCUUACAUAGCAUACAUUUUGUAAAUAUUUAUCCCAAAGUAAAUAAAAAAUCGUAAUUAAUAAUCGGAACUGUGAAUAGAGGAAAUUAUACAAAAUAUAUACCCAUGAUGAACAAUUCUAAUACGAAUCAAGAUAUACCAAAACAGAUACAAUUUGAAAGAACUUUUGGACAUAAUUAACUAAAUGCUUGUAUACGAUACUUUCUUGGAUUAAUAUCGAAAAAAUAAAUAAAUAAAUAAUGAAAGGAAAGUCUUGGAAAUACACUCUGCCAGUCGAGAGAACCGAAAUCAAAAUGUUAUAUACCUACAUAGAUAUACAAAAAGCCAGAUUUGCAGCAUAUCUACGCGUAAUAUUACAACAAAUUUAUACCAAACUUUUGGCAAACAUAUCGUGCACUUAGUCCUAAUAUCCACCCUAAGCGAACAUAUUUGUAUAAUGCCCAUCAUAUCCACAAUUCAAAAUUCAUUUUGAGCGAACCACUUACCUAUAUCAACAACCAAAUCAUCAAAUUAGACAUACAUACAUUUCGCUAUUCAAGUCAGUGUUUGAUAAACUACCGAUUUGUUGACUAGAAUCUAAGCCUAGCAUACUAUAUAUAUAUAUAUAUAGGCUUAAGUUUAUUGUUUAUUGCUCGAUUUGUAGGAGUUUUACUGUAAUUUGUAUUCGUAUUGUAUGAUAAUGUACGCUUGCACUCCUAGAUCUACAAAAUAUUGAAGAGAAAAACGAAAUGGCUGGCUACGCAAUUGGGGAGCGGCCAAUACAAGCAUAUCUCUAUAAGAAACGCAUAAACAGCAGAACUUAGCCGCAAAAUCGAUUUGUAAAUUACAAUACAAUAAUUUAUAAUAACAAUCUAGCAACGCUCUCUGUUUUGUAAAUCUUAACAAGUUAUUUAAAUAAAAUUUAUUUAAAAUAAACGUAAUACACC